AUGUCGGCCGCGCGUUGCUGCUUGCUGCUCGCCGUGGCAGGCGGCUCUGCCGUCAUGGACAUAGAGGGGAAGGGCGGGCAUCUCCGGAGGCCCAGAGAACAGGCGCCCCAUGGUCUCAUAGUGGGCGAUGGUUCGAAGGUGCAUGUGAGCGUCGAGGUACUGGAGAGUGGAGGAAUGCUUAUUGGCACCACCGCGAUCGAGGAGCCGGCCCGCAUAGAAUCCGCGGAUCUGUUCACGCAGCUCGGGGUGUCCUGGUUGGCGCUGGUGCUCGGCGGCGGCGUCUUCGUCAUCUUGCCCAGGUACCAGACCCUGGCGCAGUUGUUCCUGUUCUUCGGGGCUCAGAACUUCAUGAACUUGAUGUACAUCACGGCGAUCCUGCACAUCCACACGGUCUCCCAGGAGCUCAACAUACGGGGCUUCUAUGCGACCCUAGUGCUGACGGCCAUGCAGCAGCUCGCGGGCUUCCUCUUCCUCGCGCUGGCGAUCCUCGUGUCCCAGCUGACGCCGUGGGCCUACAGGCCGCACACCAUCGUCAGCAAGGACCAGGCCUUCGCGGUGAUGGCCCUCGCAGUGUGCUUCACCCUGAACAUCGCCCUCAACAACUUCAGCCUCUUGCCCCUGGACAUGUCCGUUAACGUUAUGGUCCGCUCCACGAGCCCGCUGAUGUCUCUUCUCCUGCAGCUGUGCUUUCCUGCGAAGGUAGGCAUGGUGCUACUCGGCGUCAUCUGCGCGGCGCUGGUGGUUAUCUCCAAGAGCGCCCAGAAGAAGACGGCGGCCCAGAACGAGGGCGGCGGCAACGACACGCUGGGUCUCCCUGGAGCUCAUCGUAGUGGUGAUUCUUGGCAAGGGGUCAAGCUGAACGCUAUCGACUCGCUUAUUUACAUGGCCAUUCCAAUCGUCGUGCUGCUGUUGUUGCCCAUCUACUUGAUCAAGCACCCCGUGUCUUAUCCUGGGCACGAGAUGGCCACGAAUUUCAGCGUGUUCGUGGAGAUCGCCCAGCUGAGCCUCGGCACCGUGGUGCGGGUGAUGCUGUCCGGCAUCUGGGCCCUCGGCUACAACCUCUUGCUGUACAACAUUGUCAGGGACCUCUCCCCGUUCUUCGCGUCGUUUGCCGCAAACUUCAAAAGGUGGCGGCCAUCGCCCUGGCCCUGCUCAUGGGCAUGGAGUCGCUGCAGGCCGGCCGCUGGAAGUACCUGA